AUGUCAAAUCCGCUCAAGUCUUCGGCCAACCAUCUUCGGAAGGAACCGAAGGCCCGAAGGCCGAGCCCCGGCGAAAUCCGUCCAUCGGCAAAAUCCCGGUGUCAGGAGUUGCAGACGGCCUUGCAGAACGCAGGUGACGUGUCGCCCAGCCGCGCCGUGCAAGGUGAUUCUCUACCUCGAGUAUGGCUGCAAUUGGAGUGGAACUCUUCGGGUCAUGCCAUGGAGUAUUGGUACGACCCGGACAGCGGCGAAAGCAAAUGGACCAUGCCUUCUGCGCCAGACUUGACCUCGGACCUCUCCAAGUUGGAGGAAGCCAUUGAGACCUUGGCCUCUCAGGUGCAGGCGCUAGCAACCCUGAUUGUGCAGGAAAAGCAGCAACAGCAGCAACAGUCGCACGCCGUCCUCGACUCCCACCACUCCGCCGCCGAGGCCGCGGCGGCGACGACGCAGCUCUUGCGAGGGAGCAAUGCUGACGCCAUGCCAGACUCCUUUUUCGGUGCCACUGCAGUUGCACCGGUGACCUUCCAACCGGAGGAGCUGGGACCGUCGGCCCACGAGGAGAACGUCAAUCCGCUCAGGAGGCGACCACCGGGCCAUUUGCCUUGGGCCACCUUCCAGCAAGGCACCUUUGCGCUGCUGGGCAUCUGGGCGAUUGGCGUUGUUUGGGCGAUCGUCGAAGAAUGCCGACGUGAGUUCUUUGUCAAGCCAAAUGCUGGAGGUUUCAAUCGUUUGUUUGGACGAUUGGUCCGCAGUGAUGAGCUUCAUUUGGAUCUCCUUCACACUCCGAGCUGGCCACAUGGCCAUUUCCGACCGCAGGGGCUGGCCUGUGGGGCACAGUGGGGCAAUAGGCUUUUUGUUGCCGAGCGCUAUGCUGUACAUGAGCUGCUGCUGCCGAUCGGAACCGGAUUCUUUUCGGAGAACGCAGAAGAGGAGAAAUGGCAUCCAGCUGUCCAAAGCUGCCUUCAAGAGGUGCCGAAGUUCUUGGCUGCUGGUCUGCGCAGUGUGACGAUGCGAUGUGAGGAAGAGUGCUUCCUGGUCUUGUUGGGGAGCACCGGAGAUUUGUUGUUGAGCUGUCCACUGGGCUUAGGGAAUGCGACCCUUGCCGAGCUAUUGGGCGGCCCAUGGCAAGCCAUCGCAUCAAGCGCCUCUUCUGGCAGAGGAUCUGGACUCUGGGCCAAGAGCCAUCAG